AGGGGUGUCGGGAUCGGUAGUUCCACACGCUACCGGGUGCUAUCAUUCCCAGAAGGCUGUUCUAGGGUGGAUGUGGCGGUUGCUAAGGACCACGGUAGUCUCAGCUUCUGCGACCAUGUCGUCGGGUGGUCAGGGGCAUCUUGUCUCGGUGGAUUAUGAAGUGUUCGGCAAGGUGCAGGGAGUCUUCUUCCGCAAACAUACGCAGAAAGAGGCGAAGCGGCUGGGCCUGGUGGGUUGGGUGCAGAACACCGAAAGAGGAACAGUUAAGGGACAACUGCAGGGUGCCGAUGAGCCGGUGAGGGCCAUGCAGACUUGGCUUAGCAAGACGGGCAGCCCGAGGUCCCGCAUAGAGAAGGCUGAAUUCACCAACCAGAAGCGGACCCAGCAGCGGGACUAUUCGGACUUCCAGAUCAUUAAAUGAGCUGUGCGGCGGUUCCAAGUUAUUCUGGUUCCUCCUUCCGGGACUGGGCGCAAGGUCAGGUUACUAUUCCUGCAGUUGAAUCUUAUUUUCCCGGAUUUAUUGGAGCAGCUUUGGAAACGGAUUUGCCUCGCCGCCCUGAUAUGACGAUAAUUCUGUGACUUAUCUCGAAGUUACUGUUGAUGUUAAUGUACGAGUAUUUCUAAAAUAGCCAGUUGAUGUUAAACCAAAUGGCGAUAUUCGAUCGUGCUCCUGUUUGGUUUAAAUGUCCUUGUUUAGCUGUUCAGGGUUUGUGGUUUGGGAAUUAACGGGACCAUUCUUUGGGGACUGCUCUUCGAACAACGAUGUAUAAAAAAAAUAACCUAUGCAAAUAAGAGUUUCUCUAAACGCGUUUGAGUUGGAAUCGCAAUUUCCCUGUUCAGUGCAAGGUGUGAAUUGUUGCAAAACAGUACUGGAUUCCUAAAUAAAAUUUCUUCCACAUAACUCAAUUGGAAUUUGAAUAAUAACUCAACGUAUAUGAAAAUGCUAUUGAGCAUUACGAUGUCACCUAACAACCUCUGCAAGGCUGUUUCUUGGCACCAUGGUUGCACAAUUGGAUUACUUCCCUCGAGAUGAAAUGUUAAAUGACGAUUCUGUUUCCCAGAUCCCAGAUACUCUACUUCAGGUGAAUGUUGAAACAUCUUGGACUGGGAAAGGAUUUAAUUUCCCGGAGUCAGGUGCCAAAAUCAAUAUUUCUUCUUCAUCAAUCCCAAUUUUUGUUUGUAAUGUGGUGUUGUGUAAAGGAUUAAUUAUUAUCACAUAAAUUGAAUGUGAAGUGACCUGUAAAUCAUCUGAUUAUUUUAUCUGGAGCAAUGUUUGUUUGGAUCAUGGCAAUUAGAAUAUCACGAUCUUGUAAGGUUUUGAGUGAAGUUUGGUGUUAAAGAAAAUAGGCUUGGCAAAGUUUACAUUCUUAGAAACAAAAAUUAUUCUGCAUUAAAUUUCCUGAAAUUUGGUAUUUGUCCCUUCAGUCGUUUGUAUGUUGGAAGCAAGUUUUGUGUAAAAAUUCCUGUCAGUUUUCAAAAUUACUAUUUUAAUAAUUUUCACAAUGCAGCACAUGCAGUUACAGACGAAAGUCUGAGAUUGAAGUUCAAGUUUUGAGUGAUGAAAUUGAAUCCUGAGAAUAGUUUAAUUCUGUGAAGGAAAUUGCAAUUUGGGCAGGCCUCCUUUAAAUGCUGAAGUAAAAGAUUCAAAGUACAUUCAUUAUCAAAGGAUGCAUGCAGCACACAAUCCUUUCAUCUCCCCACAGCCAACCACAAAACAGAGAAAAUCAUGGAACCCAUUCACAGAAAAACAUUAACUGUCCACCAUGUAUAAGAAACAAAUUGUCCAAGUGGCAACGAAAGGAACAAGUAAACACACAGAAUAUAAAACACAAAAACAAAGGAAUCCAAAUUUAGUAUAGCUCAGAGUUCAUUAGCUGCAGGCUGCUCUGAUUCAAAGCCCCAAAAAAACAGAUCACAGUCCAAUCCACAAACUGUGUUGAUUAAACCUUCCUCCAGCAAUGUCCUCUGACAGCAUUGCAGGAGAGAGAAGUCAUUCAAAAACAGUGAGGAGAGAGAGAAAGACCAGCACACAGCCACCUGUCUCUGGCAGGAGUGCGUGAGAGGCUGGUACACAGUACUGAACAUUCGCCUGGAUGUUUUCAAUCUUUCUUGAUGUUUUAUGUUACAUACCCCGUAACUGGGUUGCCAAACCAGCAGAAAUGGAACGCUCAUUGGAGUCUGCGAUUACUAGGAACUAAUAAAGUUUUAUUAAAGAAAUAAGUAAUACAGUACUCUAAUUGUAAGGAUAUAAAUGUAACAGGUUAGCAAUGAUAAUACACACAUAUACACAGAACUAGGGUAAUAGGAAUCAACCAAGCUCUAUCACAGUCUGGGGGUAAAAUGAUCAGUCUUAAAUGAAGCAGAGUUCAGUUCAGUUUAGUGCAGUGUGAAGUAAUCACUGUUGUACUGUUGGAGAGAGAGAGAGAGAGAGUGGGAGAUGCAAUUGGUUUCAGGCAGACCUUUGAUGUCCUUGCAGUUGGUUUCGGGCAGACCUUUUGAUGUCUUCUAAUCCCACUGUGGUCACCGACUGUGACCCCUCCGUUCCGGAUACAAUCGUUCUUCCGCGGUGAACCCGGCAGCCAGACAAGGGCGGACACACGCCCCAGGUUCCCACCAAUCGUGCCUUUACACCCUGUGAGCCUCUGAUCAGUUCCCGCGAACCAGUCCUCCACACUCCCACCAACUUGUGCGGGCACACUGCUCUCUCCUGGGUCUUGUGGCAUGUCUCGUGCCUUAGCAAACCUGCUCUUUUUAUCCCCCCGCUGGGGUAUCACCUGUCCAUCAAACUUCAAACAGUUCAGGUUGAAAGCAACCGGUCUGUCAAUAUCUGAAUUGUGUUUCUCUCUCGUUAAUCUCUCCAUUCUCUCUCAUUAGCAUUUUGAAUAUUUCUCCAUUGUCUUCCGUUAUCUCUCUCAUUAGUAUCAUCCGUCCGGUAACUCUGCUUGGCGUCACACAUGACACCCCCACCCUUAAAAGGAUUUUUACUGGGAUAAAAAUUAUGGGCAUGAAUGCACAUUAUAAGAUACACACUAAUAUACAGGUAGUCAUGAGCUAUUCGGUUAAUACAGAGAACUUUAAGUUUUAACACCUUGACAGACAAUCAGCAAUCACAUUGUCCGUUCCUUUUAUAUGUUUUAUCUUAAUAUCAAAUUCCUGUAAGACCAGGCUCCAACUUAGUAAGCGUUUGUUUUUAUCCUUCAUUGUGGCCAAAAACACUAAUGGAUUGUGAUCAGUGUAAAUUAUCAGUGGUUUCCGUGCCGGACAAAUAUAAACCUCAAAAUGUUGUAAUGCUAGUAUGAUUGCCAGUAAUUCCUUCUCCACAGUGGAAUAA